UCUGUGAUUGUUAGCUACAUGGCGGUAAGUCCGGCAGGGAUGGCGGUGGAUGUUCAGGCACGAUUUGGGCAUUCGGUGAAAGGAUUGCUGACCGAAAAGGUGACCAACUGCGGGACGGAUAUAAUCGCUCUCACUAAACAGGUGCUCAAGGGCUCCCGAAGCGCUGAGUUCCUAGGACAAGCUGCCAGAAAUAUGGUGAUGCAAGAGGGUGCCAUUCUGCACUCUGAAGAUAGUUUAAGAAAAAUGGCUAUUAUAACUACUCACCUGCAGUACCAGCAAGAAGCUAUUCAAAAAAAUGUUGAACAAUCUUCAAAUUUGCGGGAUCAGCUGAGCCAUCUGUUGAAAUGAAGAGAAGAGUUUGUAAGAGGUAACAAACAGCUGGAAAAGAGUGGAAGAAAAUACACAGUGGGGGUUUAUGGAAUACCUUUCCCUGUUCUAUAGAUGCACUAUAAGACUGAGUCAAAAGUCAUCUCCUAGAUGUAAUGCCACAACGUUUGUGCUUUGUUCUGUAAGAUUUUGAUCUGGAAAUGUGGACAAUUUUAAAAUUACAAAUGUUACCUUUAUAAGAGGGUCGGUACAUCGGUGUAUUAAAUUACAGUUUCUCUGUGUUGAUGCCUGUU